AUGCGAGCGAGGGAGCGGGGGCGGCGGGAGGAGCAGAGAGCCCGGGCGGCGGCGCGGCGGUCAAGAGCGCUGCCCCUCCAUGCCGCCGGGGCGGGGCGGGCCGGAGGCGGGUCUCGCCGGCGAGGGGGGCGGCGGCCGGCCAGCGUCGUCGUCCCGGGCCGGAGGCGGGGCGUGCCCGCGGCGGCUCCGCCCCUGGCCGCCGCGCCUGCUGGGGAGCCGGGUGCGGGAGGAGCAAGCCGACCAGCGCGUCCGUCUUCCGCCUCCUUCUCCGCGUCCGCACUGGGCUGGCGGCGACGGCCUGAGCGGUUCCUUCUCGAGCCAGCGGGGGGCACAGCGGCUUGGAGAGGAGGAGGAGCUGCGGGACUGGGCGGAGACGCUGGCGGGCUUCGCGCACUGCACCCCAGCCAAUUGACGGCCAGAGCCGGAGUGACGAAAGACAAAACGUACAUACCAGCAUCUUCAAGCCAGGCCUCGGGUUCUUUUUUACUCCCCUUGCCGAAGUUGUGUGUCUACCCUUGAUCAAUUCCUGGGUCCAGGCACCAGGUACGUGCAGCACAGACAGACAUAGAAGCAAAACAUUUGUAUAGAGAGAUGACUCCUGAACUUGCCUAAAGGUGAGAUGGUCCUUCGAGGUUCCUGCUUCAUG